GUGAAGGAGACCAUUAAAGAAAACAUCAAGGAGCACCUGCUGGACGAAGACGAGGACGAAGAGGAGGAGCAGCGCCGGCGCGAGGAGAAGUCCAAGUCUCUGAGUCUCCUGGAGUACAACCUGACCAUGGACACGGCCAAGCUCUUCAUGUCCUGCCUGCACGCCUGGGGCCUGAACGGGGCCCUGGACGAGGUGUGUGUGAGCCGGCUCGGGAUGCUGCGCCCACACACACCCAUCUCCUUCGGCCUGAUCUCGCGCGGCGGGCACAUGUCUCUGAUGCUGCCCACCUUCAAGGACUCGCUGCUCCGCCGGCUGGCGCAGGACUCGGUGGAGGCGCUCUCCGCGUCCGAGGUCGUGGGAAAGGGGACGUACGGCGUGUCGAGAGCCGUGACCACGCAGCACCUGCUGUCCGUCAUCUCGCUCGCUAACACACUGAUGGGCAUGACCAACGCCACGUUCAUCGGAGAGCAUAUGAAGAAAGCCCCAGUCAGACCCCCAAGACCAGGAGCCCCCGAGAGCCCGAGACACAGCGGCCCUCAGGCCUCCAGCCCGGCCCUGCAAGGCCAGAUCAAACAAGCUGCCGUCGCUGUUCCGUCUUCUGCUUCAGGAGUGUCUCACUCCCCCUCAGUCAAUGAAGGUUGGAGUCAGCUGGCCGCCAUGCAUUGUGUCAUGCUUCCUGAUCUUCUGGGUUUGGAUAAGUUCAGGCCUCCUCUCCUGGAGAUGCUGGCGCGCAGAUGGCAGGACCGCUGCCUGGAGGUUCGGGAGGCGGCCCAGGCUCUCCUCUUGGCUGAGCUGCGCAGGAUUGGUCAGUCGGGCCGGAAGGACACCAUUGACCUGUGGGCUCCGUAUCUGCCGCAGUACGUGGAUGCUGUCAGUUCCCCGGGAUCCGCCCCCGAGACCGGCCCGCCGGCCCCGCCCCCUGCUGAAGCCCCGCCCCCUGAGAUCAAAGCGCCAGAGGAGGAGAUGGACGUGACGGAUGAUGACAUCACUGCAGGUUGUCUGUCUAACCUCCCGCCGAGCGCUAAGAGGAUCAGUAACUCGUACGAGGAGCGCAGGAAACAGGCGACGGCUAUCGUCCUGCUCGGCGUCAUCGGGGCCGAGUUCGGCGCGGAGAUCGAACCCCCCAAACUCCCGUCGCGAGCCCGGACCAGCAGUCAAGCUCCCGAGGGCUUCGGUCUGAGCAGCGGAGGAUCCAACUAUUCACUCGCCCGUCACACCUGUAAAGCCUUGACGUUUCUCCUUCUGCAGCCGCCCAGUCCCAAACUGCCCCCCCACAGCACCAUCCGCCGCACAGCGAUCGAUCUGAUUGGCCGAGGGUUCACGGUGUGGGAGCCGUACAUGGAUGUGUCUGCGGUUCUCAUGGGUUUGCUGGAGCUGUGCGCCGAUGCUGAGAAACAGCUGACCAACAUCUCCAUGGGUCUCCCUCUGAGUCCUGCUGCUGAUUCUGCUCGCUCGGCCCGUCACGCUCUCUCUCUGAUCGCCACGGCUCGCCCGCCCGCCUUCAUCACCACCAUCGCACGAGAGGUUCACAGACACACAGCGAUGCAGUCCCAGGGCUCUCAGUCUCAGCAGAACGUUCACACCACGACUCUCGCUCGGGCCAAAACCGAGAUCCUGCGGGUCAUCGAGAUCCUCAUCGAGAAGAUGCCGUCAGACGUGGUGGAUCUGCUGGUGGAGGUGAUGGACAUCAUCAUGUACUGUAUCGAAGGGUCUCUGGUGAAGAAGAAAGGCUUGUCCGAGUGUUUCCCGGCCGUCUGCAGGUUUUAUAUGGUGGCGUAUUGCGAUCGCAGUUAUCGCAUCGCUGUCGGCGCCCGGCAGGGUUCAGUGGCCCUUUAUGAUGUUCGCACUGGGAAAUGCCAGCAUAUUCACGGGCAUAAAGGACCAAUAACAGCGGUUUCCUUCGCACCGGACGGACGUUACCUGGCCACUUACUCCAACGCUGACAGCCACAUCUCAUUCUGGCAGAUGAACACGUCUCUGUUAGGAAGCAUCGGGAUGUUGAAUUCUGCUCCUCAGCUCCGAUGCAUCAAAACCUAUCAGGUUCCCCCGGUCCAGCCGGCGUCGCCCGGAUCCCAGAACGCCCUCAAACUCGCCCGGCUCAUCUGGACCUCCAACCGCAACGUCAUCCUCAUGGCUCACGACGGCAAGGAGCAUCGCUUCAUGGUCUGAGGGGUCAAAGGUCGCGUUUCCUAGUGUCCCGCGGGCAGCUGUAUCCAGUUUACACUCUCCACACCCGUUUCAUUCCUCUUUUUAUUUAUAGUGUUUGCAAUUUCCCUCUUUUUUUGACUAUUUAUGGAGAUGAUAAAGGACUGCAGGUCAUUAAGACGUGUGUUUACGUGUGUUUUUGUGCUUGAAGGUCAAGCAAGGUUUUGGUCGUAUAUUUCUUUUAAUUCACUCACGUUGAUGUAUUGUUUGAUUCACUCAAAAUCACUCACUUGAUUCACCGAAACUAUUCUAUCAUUCCAGCUGCAUGCAGACAUGCAGAUUUAUAAAUAAAUAAAAACACACUCAAACAUACAUUUUACUCAUGGUCCUUUUUACUUGUUAAUGUCUAAAGAUCCCGUCCUGAAACGAGACUGAGAAAUUACAUUAUUUAUAAUCAAAGAAUCAUCAUUCGCACUGAAUGACUAGAAUCAUAUCGUGAUAUCGUGUGUCAUAGGAAUUAUUUUCAGGAAUGGUUUUUAUUUGAGCUCGUGGUGUAGUUGUGAAAUGUUUCGGUUAGCUUUUGUCUGUUUGUGUUUGUGUGAGUCGCUGGUUGGUGUGAAAUACACGUGUAAAAACAUCA